CAGCGUGGCAGAGAACAACCCUGAGCUGCUCCUUCCGCACGAGGCCCAAGGGAGUAAAAAGAAAGUAACAGACACCGGGCGGGUGCCAGCUCUGAGCCCGCAUCUGCUUGGGACACCCAGCUCCAACGUGGCAUUUAUUGGGUCCCCACGGAGCAUCCAAAGCUAUGACCGGGGCUCCACGUUCAACGUGUUCGUGGGCAAGGGGCAGCUCAUUGCGGGCAUGGACAAGGCGCUGCUCGGCAUGUGCGUCAACGAGCGGCGCUUCGUGCAGAUCCCCCCCGGGCUCGCCUACGGCAGCGAGGGCGUGGCCGGCGUGAUCCCGCCCGACGCCGUGCUCCACUUUGACGUGCUCCUCGUCGACCUGUGGAAUUCCGAGGACCAAGUGCAGGUUGAGACCUACUUCAGACCCGAGGCCUGUCCUCGCACGGUGCAGGUGUCCGACUUCGUGCGCUACCACUACAACGGGACCUUCCUGGACGGCACCCUCUUUGAUUCCAGCCAUAAUCGGAUGCGAACUUACGAUACCUAUGUUGGAAUUGGGUGGCUCAUUCCCGGUAUGGACCAGGGUCUCUUGGGAAUGUGCGUAGGGGAGAAGCGCAUUAUCACAAUACCACCUUUCCUGGCCUAUGGAGAAGAAGGAGACGGUAAGGAGAUCCCUGCGCAGGCCUCCCUGGUGUUCGACGUGGCCCUGCUGGACCUGCACAACCCCAAGGACGGCGUGGCCGUGGAGCAGCAGCUCGUGCCGGAGCGCUGCGAGCGGCGCAGCCGCCCCGGAGACUUCGUGCGCUACCACUACAAUGGCUCCCUGCUGGACGGCACCCUCUUCGAUUCCAGCUACGCGCGCAACCGGACGUACGACACCUACGUGGGCAAGGGCUACGUGAUUCCCGGCAUGGACGAGGGCCUGCUGGGCGUCUGCAUUGGCGAAAGGAGGCGGAUAACGAUCCCCCCUCAUCUUGGAUAUGGGGAAGAAGGAAGCGGCAAGAUCCCGGGCUCUGCGGUGCUGAUCUUCGACAUCCACGUGGUCGACUUCCACAACCCUGCGGACUCGGUGGGCAUCACCGUCAAGCACAAGCCGGCCAACUGCAGCGUGCUGAGCAAGAAGGGCGAUUACCUCAAGUACCACUACAACGCGUCGCUGCUGGACGGCACCCUGCUGGACUCCACGCUGAGCCUUGGCAAGACCUACAACAUCGUGCUGGGCUCGGGGCAGGUGGUGCUGGGCAUGGACAUGGGGCUGCAGGCCAUGUGCGUGGGCGAGCGGCGCACGCUCGUCAUCCCGCCCCACCUGGGCUACGGAGAGGAGGGCGUCGAAGGGGAAGUGCCUGGAAGCGCCGUCCUGGUGUUCGACAUCGAGCUGCUGGAGCUGGUGUCCGGCCUGCCCGAGGGCUACAUGUUUGUGUGGAACGGCGAGGUCUCCCCCAACCUCUUUGAGGAGAUCGACCAGAAUCACGAUGGAGAGGUUCUUCUGGACGAGUUUUCAGAGUACAUUCAAGCCCAAGUGGAUUCCGGCAAAGGGAAACUAGCCCCGGGUUUCGAUUUUGAGAAGAUUGUCAGGAACAUGUUCAGCAACCAGGACCGGGACGGAAACGGGAAAGUCACAGCCCAAGAAUUCAAGCUGAAAGACCAAGAGGCCAAAGAGCAACACGACGAACUGUGAAGCCAGGAGAGGAGCUUCCCGAGCCGAGGGGCCGCUGGGCUGCGCGUGUCCCCGGAGGUUGGAGCGAGCGUCUCGGCGAGGCGCGAGACGUCCCGUAGGAGCCAAAAUGGGAAGAGAUUUCCAUUGGGCUUCUUAGGUAGGAAUGUCACCAAAAAAGAAAAAGAAAUAACCCCAAACUAAAAAGAAAACCAAAAAAAAAAAACCAAAACAAAAAACCACCCUGGUGUUAAGUGCCUCAAGAUGGGAUUUAUAAAUGGAUUUAUAAACUGAUGGAGUCUUGCCAGCGUGGGCUUGUGAACCAUGUGGUGUAUUUUUGUACUGGGAAUCGGCGGGUGUCACUGGGCGCCACGCGGUCAC